AUGUCUUCAGCCAUCCCAGCCCCGCCACCAUCUCCAACCUCACCACCACAACAACCCCCCAAACGCAAACAAAAACAACCACGCCAACCACAACCGCACCCCGCCAAAAUACCACCAGCAGAUGCGCAACGCCUCCUCCUCACCACCCCUCCAAAAAUGCCACCCCCAACCCGCCUCCUCGUCGCCUCAAUCGGCAACCCAGCACCCUACCUCAACACCCUCCACUCCGCGGGCCACACCGUCCUCCGCGGCCUCACCAUCCCCCUCUCCACCCCCCCCUCCUAA